UAUCAAUUUCCGUUGUGGUCUCGUUCUCAGCAGCCUUCCUUGACGUAGUAUGGAAAGUGGAAGAAACAAAAAUACCGGUAGACCCAGUAAAGCACUGGGCUAUGUAUUCCAGUCUCGCUAACUUCGUUGUUCUCAGCUCCUUCCCGAACCUCUGUAUACAACACUUAAGAUCUACAUUUUCCCACUCAACAAUCGGUCGUUUUCUUUUCGUUCUCUCUGUGUGCUUCAUGACUGGUAAUUUUCCUUUGUGAAGUAGUUGAAUAUUGUACGUUGGGGGUUGGAUUUGAGUGAAACCCACGUGCACGUUUUCAACGUCUCCCCUCCAACUAAUAGUCAAUGGCGUCGAGGCAAGGGUCUCCCCCAGAUUAUGUAAUUGGAUUUGAAUCCAAAAGUUAGUUCAAACCAUUGGAGGCAUUUCAGUGUACAGAGUGUAGGCUUUUGAGUCCACAAUUUGGUCCCUUCUAGUGGACUUUCCUCUUUUGCUUUUUUUGCUUCAUUACAUUCUGAUACAAGCUGAUCAGUAAUUGUAAAGAAUGGCUUCUGAUUGGAAGAGACGUUCUCUGAGCAAAAUCCAUACCAUCUCUUGUGGAAGACCAUCCUUCAACGGUGAGCAUUCACAGAUUGGAGGACCUGGCUUUUCAAGGCUAGUCUUCUGCAAUGACCCUCAAUGUGUUGAAGCCACCUCUCUCAACUAUGAAACCAAUUAUGUCAGGACUACAAAGUUCACUGUCGCAACUUUUUUCCCCAAGGCAUUGUUUGAGCAAUUCAGGCGAGUCGCCAACAUCUACUUCCUUAUCUGUGCGAUUUUGUCUUUUACCUCGCUCUCUCCUUACUCUGCUGUUAGUACUGUAUUUCCUUUUGUGGUUGUGGUUGGAGUUACAAUGGGGAAAGAGCUCCUUGAGGACUGGAGGAGGAAAAGGCAGGAUAUUGAGGUGAAUAACCGCAAUGUUAAAGUGCACCAUGGUGGUGGCAUUUUUGAUUGUACUAAAUGGAUGAAUUUAAAAGUUGGAGACAUAGUUAAGGUGGAAAAGGAUGAAUUUUUUCCGGCAGAUCUCAUCUUACUGUCUUCAAGUUAUGAUGAAGGGCUUUGCUAUGUUGAGACCACUAACCUUGAUGGAGAAACCAACUUGAAACUAAAACAAGCACUAGAAGCAACAUCAAACUUUAACGAGGACUCUUGGUUCCAGAAUUUCAGGGCUAUCAUCAGAUGUGAGGACCCAAACGCAAAUUUGUAUUCUUUUGUUGGUAGUUUGGAAAUUGAUGAACAACAUCACCCUCUUUCUCCUCAGCAGCUUCUGCUAAGAGACUCCAAGUUAAGUAACACGGAUUACAUCUAUGGAGUGGCUAUCUUCACGGGUCAUGAUACAAAGGUUAUUCAAAAUUCAACAGCACCCCCUUCAAAGAGAAGCAAAAUUGAGAGAAGAACUGACAAACUUGUAUACUUACUGUUUUCAGUUUUAGUUCUGUUAUCUUUUGUUGGAUCAAUUUUCUUUGGGAUCGCUACUAGAGAGGACCUAGAAGAUGGCUUGAUGACAAGAUGGUAUCUCCGACCUGAUGACACGACUAUCUAUUAUGAUCCAAAACGAGCAGCAAUAGCAGCAGUUCUGCAUUUUUUGACUGCCCUAAUGUUGUACAGUUACUUCAUUCCCAUUUCUUUAUAUGUUUCAAUAGAAAUUGUGAAAGUUCUUCAGACUAUUUUCAUCAACCAAGAUCUUCACAUGUACUAUGAGGAAGGUGACAAGCCUGCAAGAGCACGGACCUCGAAUUUGAAUGAAGAACUUGGGCAAGUUGAUACAAUCCUCUCUGAUAAGACAGGAACACUGACUUGUAAUUCAAUGGAAUUUAUCAAGUGUUCAGUUGCAGGGACAGCUUAUGGUCGUGGAGUUACAGAAGUUGAGAGGAGUAUGUCUCAGAGAAAAGGAUCACCUUUAGCUCAGGAUAUCACGGAUGAGGGGGGCACGAUUGAGGUCACAGGACCACCCAUUAAAGGGUUUAAUUUCGUGGAUGAAAGGAUGACAAAAGGAAAUUGGCUUAAUGAGCCUCGAUCAGAUAUAAUCCAGAAAUUCUUUAGGUUGUUGGCUAUCUGCCAUACUGCUAUACCUGAAGUUGAGGAAGAAACAGGCAAAGUUUCAUAUGAAGCUGAAUCACCAGAUGAGGCAGCCUUUGUGAUUGCGGCUAGAGAACUGGGCUUUGAGUUUUUUGAGAGGUCCCAAACAAGCAUAUCACUGCAUGAGUUAGAUCCUAUCUCGGGAAGAAAGGUUGAAAGGUCGUAUAAACUUUUAAAUGUCUUGGAGUUCAGUAGCUCCAGAAAGCGGAUGUCCGUCAUCAUAAGAGACGAUGAAGGAAAGAUACUACUGCUUUGCAAAGGUGCGGACAGCGUCAUGUUUGAAAGACUUGCAAAGAAUGGAAGGGAAUUUGAAGAGCAGACAAAGGAGCACAUUCAAGAGUAUGCUGCUACUGGUUUGAGGACUUUGGUACUUGCAUAUCGUGAACUCGACGAGGAUGAAUUCAACGAGUUUAAUGAGGCUCUUACUGAAGCCAAGAAUGUAGUUAGCGCAGAUCGUGAGGGAGCAAUUGAGGCAGUAGCCGAGAAGAUUGAGAAAGAAUUGAUUCUUCUUGGUGCUACUGCUGUUGAAGACAAACUGCAGCAUGGGGUUCCCGAAUGCAUUGACAAACUUGCACAAGCUGGAAUAAAAAUAUGGGUAUUGACAGGAGAUAAGAUGGAAACUGCAAUUAAUAUCGGUUUUUCCUGUAGCUUAUUAAGAGAAGGAAUGCAACAGAUCAUAAUUAACUCAGAUGCAUCAGAAUUUAAAGCACAUUCUGCUAUCAGUGAGGCAUCAAAAUCAAGUGUACUCCAUCAGAUAAAAGAGGGGACUGAAUUGCUUACUGCAUCGAGUGACAGCUCCGAGGCCUUGGCUUUAAUUAUUGAUGGUAAGUCACUCACUUAUGCUCUGGAGGAUGACAUGAAAGACAUGUUUCUGGAACUAGCCAUCCAUUGUGCUUCUGUUAUUUGCUGCCGUUCUUCGCCAAAACAAAAGGCACUUGUUGCAAGACUAGUUAAAGUUAAAAUUGGUAAGACAAUACUAGCUAUUGGUGACGGGGCAAAUGAUGUUGGAAUGCUUCAAGAGGCAGAUAUUGGAGUGGGCAUCAGUGGGGCUGAAGGAAUGCAGGCUGUCAUGUCAAGCGAUAUUGCAAUUGCACAGUUCCGCUUUCUUGAGCGACUACUACUAGUACAUGGUCACUGGUGUUACAGGCGGAUCUCAUCAAUGAUAUGCUACUUUUUUUACAAGAACAUUGCAUUUGGUUUCACUCUUUUCUUCUUCGAGGCCUACGCAUCAUUUUCUGGUCAAGCUGCUUAUAAUGAUUGGUAUCUCUCCUUCUAUAAUGUCUUCUUCACAUCGCUUCCUGUGAUUGCCCUUGGAGUGUUUGACCAGGAUGUACCUGCAAAGUCUUGUCUCAAGUUCCCAUUUUUAUACCAAGAGGGGAUACAAAAUCUCCUAUUUAGCUGGUGGCGAAUCCUUGGCUGGGCGUUCAACGGUGUAUUCAGUGCUACUUGCAUCUUCUUCUUCUGCAUCUCCACCACAGAACAUCAAGCAUUCCGUAAAGGUGGGGAAGUCGUCGGCCUAGAAAUCCUCGGCGCAACCAUGUACACGUGUGUGGUGUUGGUCGUGAACUGCCAAAUGGCACUCUCGAUCAAUUACUUCACAUACAUCCAGCACCUCUUCAUUUGGGGCAGCAUUGCCUUCUGGUACUUAUUCCUCUUGGCAUAUGGAGCCAUGGAUCCAUACAUAUCGACAACUGCCUUCAUGGUCUUCAUCGAAGCCUGUGCACCAUCGCCAUCCUUCUGGCUCCUGACGUUCUUCGUGAUGGUCUCGACUCUUAUCCCCUACUUCAUUUACUCGGCCAUUCGAAUGCGGUUUUUCCCCAUGUGUCAUCAAGUGAUACAGUGGAUCAGCUUCAAUGGCCAAUCGGAGGACCCUGAGUACUGCCAUAUGGUGCUCCAGAGAUCACUGACUCCGACAACGGUUGGUUACACUGCUCGCUUUGAGGCAAAAUCUAGGAGUAGGAGUGAGCCAUGAGCAGCUGAGAUGAGCAAAUUUUUUUGAGGCUCAUUAGCAAAUAACUGUACUUCUGUCACUAGGUUGCAAUGGUAAACUACAGACACGUUUCAAGUUUAGAGCAGGAAGGAACAUUGAUUCAUGCCGGGACAGAUGAAAUGUUGGGAGAGCAGCUAUGAAUAGGUUGUGAUCACGUCUUAUAUUUAUGAUUGUUGGAAGGUUUUUAUGUUUUAUUAGCUGAGAAGGGAGAAGAAGGUCUUGAGCUAAUGAUAGCAAUGUUUUUGGUGGC